UUCCCCUCUGCAUAGCUCAAAGACAACAUGACCCUGUACACUUUAGCUUGUGCACGCUCGUAACCGCUCUGUUGCUGCUGAAGUUGGAUUUUGCUUUGGAGGACAAUUACACUACUUUACCCAGAGUCUUUGCCCCAUCUGUCCACAGCUGGCCGCGGCGAUCGCUCCUCAUCCGCCGGAGGUCUGGAGAGACGCGCUCCGCUGAGCCAUGCGACAGUGGAGUGUCCCCGUUGCGACCCCACGCACCGAGCCACUCCCGGGCUGCCUCUCCGUGUCACCCCCGCCCGCAGAGGCCACAAUGGAGUGCUGUGAAGUGGAGCCACGAUACACCAUUGAACAGAUCGACCUCCUGCAGCGCCUCCGCCUGUCCGGGAUGACCAAACCUCAGAUCAUUCAUGCCCUGGAAUCUCUGGAGCGGCUGGACCCAGAAACACGCCCCGCUCACUGUGACGCUAACUCUGCCCCCUCCCAAAACAACAACAACAACAGCGCCCAUACCACAUCUUCAUCCUCUUCUGCCUCCUCGCUGUCUCUGGCCUCUGCUACCACCCAAACCUCUGGCCUGGACGGAGCAGCGUUGUCUCCUAGCAACAGCUAUGAGGCUUCACCCCCGCCACUGUACCCCCCAACAGUGGCAGUUCAAAGGUCAUUCAGCUACGAUAUGAUGGGAGAGGAGGAGUGGGACCUUGAAGAGAAAGUGGAGGAGUAUAUGAGAAGGGACAGCAACCUGGUGAAGGAGGAGAUCAAAGCUUUCCUCAACAACCGCAGAAUCUCUCAGGCAAUAGUUGGACAAGUGACUGGCAUCAGCCAGAGCUACAUCUCUCAGUGGCUUCUGCAGCAGGGCCUGGAGAUGAGCGACUCUAAGCGCAGAGCCUUCUAUCGCUGGUACCUGCUGGAGAGGAACAACCCAGAAGGGCUGAGAUGGAGUGAAAACCAGCACAGCGUGAGUCCCUCGUCCAGGGGCAGGGGAGGAGACAGCACCCCCCAGCUCCUCCCCAACCCCAACACCACCCUGAACCCCAACGCGGCCCCGCUGUGGAGCAGGCAGAGGGAACUGCUCAUGCACCUGCUGCCCUGGUACACCGCUGCUGCCUCACAGACUAACACAGGGGCCACCUUGUCCAUGCGCUCCAUGGUGAAAGAGGAGCCCGACUGGAGGACUGGCAUCAUGACUGGGGAGAGGACUGGAAUAGUGGGUGGUCCCUUAAGGCUGCGCAGAGGAAGCAGGUUCACCUGGAGGAAAGAGUGCCAAUCCAUCAUGGAGAGUUUCUUCAUUGAGAAUCAGUACCCAGACGAGGCCAAGCGAGAGGAGAUCGCCAACACCUGUAAUUCCGUCAUUCAGAAACCAGGUUGUAAGCUGUCGGAGUUUGAACGUGUGACUGCACUAAAGGUUUACAACUGGUUUGCCAAUCGCCGGAAGGAGAUGAAGAGGAGAGCCAAUAUUGAAGCUGCCAUUUUAGAAAGCCAUGGAAUUGAGGUGCCAAGUCCCAGCUGCCAUUCAAAUGGAGAAGAAGUGGAGAUGCAUGAGUUUGCUGACCAGGUGAACCAUCGCUUUGCAGAGCAAGUCAUCCAUGAGGACGGCUCUGUCCAGAGGUUGGGAGACCCACAGGACUCUGCGUUGACUGCGACAGACGGCGCCUCUUUGCCAAGCCCCGCCCCUCAGCUGCAGGAACACAAGGAGGAGCACUCCAAAAGGGAGACAGUGGAUGAAGAGUGACAAAAGCUGGUUGAUUGGCACAAUCAUGUUUAAGCAAAUGUAACAAGCAAACUAAAUGUGUCCAGCCACAAAGAGCCUUGUGGGUGCAUUGACACCCUAUAAUCAAAGGGAGACGGGUGCUGAAGCUUGCUGAGGUGCCUCUGAUGAGGAGGAGGCCUCCGUAUUUAUCAACAGUAAUCCUGCUUAUAUUUACGGCAAUAUACAGUAUACAUGUAUAUCUAUAUUGGUAUAUAAUGCAGUUCAAGAUGGUAUUAAUCAGUCUAAAUUCUUAGUUGGAUGAUUAUGUAAAGAUACCUCGUUCAUUUUAAGCUAAUUUUCCUUUUCUAAUGGCUUCCUGAGUUUCCACAGCGGCUGUUGGCUGAGCCUGCAGGUCAGGUGCUCUGGUGACAAAGGGAUAACUGAUGAGUGGUGUUUCUACUGUGACCAUCAAAGCCCUGAGGCUCUGCUGGAAUCUCAGGGAAUGGUGGAUCAGAGCAGUCCAGUACAGUGUGCUUCUAUCUAUAAGUACUUUUGUGUUUUUGUUUAACCAAACUAGGGUAUUCACUAUCUUAUUUAUACCUCUUUGUAACAGCAGAACAAGCCUCAGAAUAUUUGAUCAUUUUAUGACUGAAUGCAAUAUUUGUCCGCUUGUGAAUAGCUUUCAUUUUAUUUCAGGCACAGAAACGCUCGACUAGUGAACUCAGAUAUUUCUUACUUCAGUGUUUGAUCAUUGCUAUAAACAAAUGUGAGUAUCCAGGUGCUUCAGACUAGACUGUAACGCACCUUAAUGUUGGUGUUAUUAUGUGAUCAAAAUAAGCUAAAGCUUAAAGCUCUAAUGAUUGACUGCAAAGCUUCCAAGCACCUCAGAGUGAAUUCACUAUAAUGGUUCAGUGCACAACCUGCACUGUACACUAUCCAGAGAGUCUCUUCUGUGGGACUCUCUUUAAAUUAGAAAUGUAAAAUAAUAUUUGACUUGAAUUAUGAUUUUAUUUUUCUGUUAUGUAUUCCCCUGUAUUGAAUAUGUGGCCCAAGGCCAUGGGAGUUUCUCCCUCACAGUUCAUGUAAUGAACACACAUGCUUUGUUUGUGAAGCGCCCCCUGUGGGUGUAGCCAUGUUACCUCUUAAUGCCAAAGCUAUGCCAAGGUAGAGACGAGCUCCAGACUCAACUGUGCAGCAGCAGGACACAGUCCGACCAUAUUGUACAUGAUUAUGUAGAUGUUCUAUGCUCAGUACAACACUAGCCAACUCUAGCUUACCUCAGACUCACUUAUGUCAUGAUGUUACUGUAACACGCCAUGACAUGGACCGUAUGUAGCAGUGUGACGAAGGGUUCCCCUGGAUGAAUGAUUCCCCUCAGACAGUUCUCAUGUGAGACUUUGGACACAAGCCCCAAAGUCUUACAACUCUUUGUGAUUAUUCUGCUCUACUCUAUCUGCUUUUAUCCGAAAAGACAAACUAUACCAAUAAAACCAUGUAAGAGAAAA